UGGCUGUAGGAUGGGGGACGCCCUACGCCCCGGUCAGGGCAACCACAGGGAGAGCAGCCCUUUCCUGUGCCCCUCGGAAGCGGCCAGAGGAAGUGACUACUAUGACCGGAACCUGGCCCUGUUUGAGGAAGAGCUGGACAUCCGGCCCAAGGUGUCAUCUCUCCUGGGCAAGCUCGUCAGCUAUACCAACCUCACGCAGGGCGCCAAGGAGCAUGAGGAGGCCGAGAGCGGGGAGGGCGCCCAUCGGAGAGCGGCCAAGGCGCCCAGCAUGGGCACCCUCAUGGGGGUGUACCUGCCCUGCCUGCAGAACAUCUUUGGGGUCAUCCUCUUCCUGCGGCUCACCUGGAUGGUGGGCACGGCCGGGGUGCUCCAGUCUCUCCUCAUAGUGCUCAUCUGCUGCUGCUGCACCCUGCUGACGGCUAUCUCCAUGAGCGCCAUCGCCACCAACGGUGUGGUACCAGCUGGGGGCUCCUACUUCAUGAUCUCCCGCUCGCUGGGGCCAGAGUUCGGAGGUGCCGUGGGCCUGUGCUUCUACCUGGGAACGACGUUCGCAGCAGCCAUGUACAUCCUGGGGGCCAUUGAGAUCCUGCUGACCUACAUCGCUCCACCGGCUGCCAUCUUCCACCCAGCAGGCGCCCACGACAUGCCCGGCGCCACGCUGAACAACAUGCGUGUGUACGGGACCCUCUUUCUGACCCUCAUGACCCUGGUGGUGUUUGUGGGUGUCAAGUACGUGAACAAGUUUGCCUCCGUCUUCCUGGCCUGCGUGAUCAUCUCCAUCCUCUCCAUCUAUGCGGGGGGCAUCAAGUCGAUUUUCGACCCUCCAGAGUUUCCAGUGUGCAUGCUGGGCAACAGGACCCUGUCCCGGGACCUGUUUGACGUCUGCGCCAAGAUGGCCAUUGUGGGCAACGAGACAGUGGCCAGUCAGCUGUCCAGGCUCUUCUGCCACGGCCCCAACUUGACCGUGGACGCCUGUGACCCCUACUUCCUGCUCAACAACGUCACUGAGAUCCCCGGCAUCCUCGGUGCAGGCACCAGCGUUCUCCAAGAAAACCUGUGGAGCGCCUACCUGGAGAAGGGUGAGGUGGUGGCAAAGCCCGGGCUGCCCUCCACAGACGCCCCGGGCCUGAAGGAGAGCCUGCCCCUGUACGUGGUGGCCGACAUCGCCACGUCUUUCACCGUGCUGGUCGGCAUCUUCUUUCCCUCCGUGACAGGCAUCAUGGCGGGCUCAAACCGCUCCGGGGACCUCCGCGACGCCCAGAAGUCUAUCCCAGUGGGGACCAUCCUGGCCAUCGUCACGACCUCCCUUGUGUACUUUAGCAGUGUGGUUCUGUUUGGCGCCUGCAUCGAGGGGGUGGUUCUCCGGGACAAGUAUGGCGACGGUGUCAGGAGGAACCUGGUGGUGGGCACAUUGGCCUGGCCUUCACCCUGGGUCAUUGUCAUCGGCUCCUUCUUCUCGACCUGUGGUGCUGGCCUGCAGAGCCUCACCGGGGCACCCCGCCUGCUGCAAGCCAUCGCCAAGGACAACAUCAUCCCCUUCCUUCGGGUGUUUGGCCACAGCAAGGCCAACGGCGAGCCGACGUGGGCGCUCCUCCUGACGGCCCUCAUCGCUGAGCUGGGCAUCCUCAUCGCCUCCCUGGACAUGGUGGCCCCCAUUCUCUCCAUGUUCUUCCUGAUGUGUUACCUGUUUGUCAACCUGGCCUGUGCUGUGCAGACGCUCCUGCGGACCCCCAACUGGCGGCCCCGGUUCAAGUAUUACCAUUGGGCACUGUCCUUCCUGGGCAUGAGCCUCUGCCUGGCCCUGAUGUUUGUCUCCUCCUGGUACUACGCCCUGGUGGCCAUGCUCAUCGCGGGCAUGAUCUACAAGUACAUCGAGUACCAAGGGGCUGAGAAGGAGUGGGGAGACGGGAUCCGAGGCCUGUCCCUGAGCGCCGCCCGCUACGCCCUGCUACGGCUGGAGGAGGGGCCUCCGCACACCAAGAACUGGCGGCCCCAGCUGCUGGUGCUGCUGAAGCUGGACGAGGACCUGCACGUGAAGUACCCACGGCUCCUCACCUUCGCCUCCCAGCUGAAGGCCGGCAAGGGCCUGACCAUCGUGGGCUCCGUCAUCCAGGGCAGCUUCUUGGAGAGCUACGGCGAGGCCCAGGCGGCCGAGCAGACGAUCAAGAACAUGAUGGCGAUUGAAAGGGUGAAGGGCUUCUGCCAGGUGGUGGUGGCCAGCAAGGUGCGUGAGGGGCUGGCGCACCUGAUCCAGUCCAGCGGCCUGGGCGGCAUGAGGCACAACUCGGUGGUGCUGGGCUGGCCCUACGGCUGGCGGCAGAGCGAGGACCCGCGCGCCUGGAAGACCUUCAUCGACACGGUGCGCUGCACCACAGCCGCCCACCUGGCCCUGCUGGUGCCCAAGAACAUCGCCUUCUACCCCAGCAACCCCGAGCGCUACCUGGAGGGCCACAUCGACGUGUGGUGGAUCGUGCACGACGGCGGCAUGCUCAUGCUGCUGCCCUUCCUGCUGCGCCAGCACAAGGUGUGGAGGAAAUGCCGGAUGCGCAUCUUCACCGUGGCACAGAUGGACGACAAUAGCAUCCAGAUGAAGAAGGACCUGGCCGUCUUCCUGUACCACCUCCGCCUGGAGGCCGAGGUGGAGGUGGUGGAGAUGCACGACAGUGACAUCUCCGCAUACACGUACGAGCGCACCUUGAUGAUGGAGCAGCGCUCGCAGAUGCUGCGGCAGAUGCGGCUGACCAAGACUGAGCGGGAGCGAGAGGCCCAGUUGGUGAAGGACCGGCACUCGGUCCUGCGGCUGGAGAGCCUGUACUGGGACGAGGAGGACGAGUCCGCAGCCGCAGCCGACAAGAUCCAGAUGACGUGGACCCGGGACAAGUACCUGGCGACUGAGCCCCGGGACCCCGGUCACACACCCGACAACUUCCGGGAGCUGGUGCACCUGAAGCCAGACCAAUCCAACGUGCGGCGCAUGCACACGGCCGUCAAACUCAAUGAAGUCAUUGUGACACGCUCCCACGACGCCCGCCUAGUCCUGCUGAACAUGCCCGGCCCGCCCAAGAACAGCGAGGGGGACGAGAACUACAUGGAGUUCCUGGAAGUGCUGACCGAGGGCCUGGAGCGGGUGCUGCUGGUUCGGGGUGGGGGCCGAGAAGUCAUCACCAUCUAUUCCUGAUCCCAGCACACCCCCCAAGAAAGAGCCUCCCUGCGCACCUGCCCACGCGCACUGCUCGGUCCAGCUUGCUUGCUGGGUCUCCUUGGAGUUGGGCCUGGCCUUGGGGGUGGCCAGGGGGCCAAGCAUGUCUGGGAGUCAGGGAGGUGGGGGCCUUCCUCAACCUGCACCAGGGGUCCUGCCGGGGCUGCAGGGACUGGAGAGGCGGACGCAGAUUGGGGGCGCCUGGCCCAGGAGCAGUAUUUAUUGCGUAUUUAUUGAUGGUUUGGAUGUCACCAACAGAAGAGGAGUGGGGGCAGUGGGAAGGGUACAGCCCUUCCCGCCUGUAGGCAGGCCUAGCUCAGGCUGCAGUGGGCAGGGUACCCCCCACCAAGCCGAGGGAGCCAGCCAAGCCGAGGCCUGGCUUUUUCAAUAAAACAUUGUGUUCUUCUGGG